GCGGGGGGCGGGGGGGCGGCCAAACUUCCUGUCCCGCGCUCGGGCUGCUUCCGGCGGGAGCCGGAAGGCGCUGUGUGUGGACGGAAUUCGGGACCGACUGACGGACGGAGGGACGCCUGCCCGGGACGGGAAGGCUAAAUUGGUUACCCACCCAGCACAGCAUCUUACAGGAAAACCAUAGCAUUUCCCAGAGAACUAUGAGCAUAACAGGAAGGUGUCAUUGACUCUGAAUUAAAUUUCUAACCUGUCCCCUGAACAGCUACAGGAUUUGGAAGCUGAAUCAAUGUUAUCAGAUGAGUUAGAAUCCAAACCAGAGCUCCUGGUACAGUUUGUUCAGAAUACAUCCAUCCCAUUGGGACAAGGGCUAGUAGAAUCAGAAGCUAAAGACAUUACUUGCUUGUCCCUCCUUCCAGUGACUGAGGCCUCAGAAUGCAGUCGGCUAAUGUUACCAGAUGAUACUCCAAAUCAUACUAACUCCUCAAAGGAGGUGCCUUCCUCAGCUGUACUGAGAAGCCUUCAGGUGAAUGUGGGCCCAGACGGAGAGGAGACAAGGGCUCAGACUGUACAGAAGUCCCCGGAGUUUUUGUCCACUCCAGAGUCUCCUAGCUUGUUGCAAGAUCUCCAGCCGAGUGAUAGCACAUCUUUUAUUCUUCUGAACCUAACAAGAACAGGUCUGGGCUCUUCAGCUGAGCACUUAGUGUUUGUGCAAGAUGAGGCAGAGGAUUCAGGGAAUGAUUUCCUCUCCAGUGAGAGCACGGACAGUAGCAUUCCAUGGUUCCUCCGGGUUCAGGAGUUGGCCCAUGACAGUUUGAUUGCUGCUACUCGUGCACAACUGGCCAAGAGUGCGAAAACCAGCAGCAAUGGAGAAAAUGUCCACCUUGGUUCUGGUGAUGGGCAACCCAAAGAUUCUGGGCCCCUUCCUCAAGUGGAAAAGAAGCUCAAGUGUACAGUUGAAGGCUGUGACCGGACAUUUGUGUGGCCAGCUCACUUCAAAUACCACCUUAAAACUCAUCGAAAUGAUCGCUCCUUCAUCUGCCCUGCAGAAGGUUGUGGGAAAAGCUUCUAUGUGCUGCAGAGGCUGAAGGUGCACAUGAGGACCCACAAUGGGGAGAAGCCCUUUAUGUGCCCCGAGUCUAGCUGUGGUAAGCAGUUCACUACAGCUGGAAACCUGAAGAACCACCUGCGCAUCCACACAGGAGAGAAGCCUUUCCUUUGUGAAGCUCAAGGAUGCGGCCGUUCCUUUGCUGAGUAUUCUAGCCUCCGAAAACAUUUGGUGGUUCACUCAGGGGAGAAGCCUCAUCAGUGUCAAGUCUGUGGGAAGACCUUCUCUCAGAGUGGGAGCAGGAAUGUGCACAUGAGAAAGCAUCACUUGCAGAUGGGAGCAGCUGGGAGUCAAGAGCAGGAACAAACCGCUGAGCCACUAAUGGGCAGUAGCUUGCUUGAAGAGGCUUCAGUAACCAGUAAAAACCUGGUGUCUAUGAAUACCCAGCCCAGCCUUGGUGGAGAGUCCUUGAAUCUACCAAAUACCAAUUCUAUCCUAGGAGUUGAUGAUGAGGUGCUUGCUGAAGGAUCCCCACGUCCCCUGUCUUCAGUGCCUGAUGUGACACAUCACUUGGUGACCAUGCAGUCAGGGAGGCAGUCAUAUGAGGUUUCUGUCUUAACUGCUGUAAAUCCACAGGAGUUAUUAAACCAAGGAGAUUUAACUGAAAGACGGACAUGAGCAUGGGUGCUGAGUCCUGGAAGAGCCGCUCUAUCUGAUCUCAGAGCGCAUAUAGUGGGAACAGGAUGCUUAUGGCUCACCAUCUGCCAGAACCAAAAUGAAUCUGUGGACAGAACCCCGCUUCUGCCUCUGUUCAUCUUUCCUGGCAUAGAAGAUGAAUGUAGGAGAGCUUCUCUUCAAACUACCAUCUAAUCCAGACAAGAAAGAAAGCAGUGAAUGUGGGCUGGGUAACUAUACCUACCUCUCUUCCCACUGCAAAAUUCUGGGAUGGACUUCUCCCAAAAGUGAAUAUGAUUAUGUGUUGGCUGAAGUUUCUCAGUAUGACUGUUGAGAGGAGGUUUUCCUUUGAAGAGUUUUCAUCCCAGAUCCAGCUGUCUUUUCACAUGGAUGAACUAAGUCCUGCCACCAACCAUAAAACUUCACCAAGAAGUUGAGCUUUCAAGAUGCCUUGUUGCUUUGGAGAAGGGAGUGAUGCCAAUUCUGUUGUGACAUUCUCCCUUUAGCAACCUGAGUAAGAGACUCUGCCACUGGGCUGCAAAAAAAUAAAUUACUUGAAUCCCUA